AUGGCAUUAACCUCGAAUAUCCACGCCCGAUCGCACAGUCUUCUACUUUUACAGAAGCUCCUCAACCUCCGCGAUGGCGCAAGUCCUCUCACUCUCGUAAUCGAUAACCUCGAGCAACCUGCCAGACCAGUCCUGGGCGAGUUUGUAUCUCGAGCAAAGAUCGCAAAGACACAAGUCAUGUUCUUGUCGUUGGUAACGCUCAAGAAGCCACAAGAUGCAGAUGUUUUCAUAAAGGCUAUGGGCAGAGAUCUCCAAGCUGUGCGUAAGGAGUUGUUGAAUCAUUACCCUGCUUUCAACCCACUGGUUGACAAGGGAAAGCCCACUCAGAGGGCGGUCGUGGUCAUCGACUCACUCAAUGCUUUGGCCUCCUCAGCUCCUCAGUCGCUGGCCAGCUUCCUAUCGAGUAUCAUCACACCCGCAGUCUCCAUCGUCGCCACAUACCACGACGAUGUCCCGGUCGUACUACCGAGGUCAUUCAGCGAGUAUGAACCUCACCCUUUCACAGUUUUAUGUCAUCUAGCCACAGCUAUCCUGCGUCUCACGAGUCUGUACCAAGAGAUUGAGCGGCAGAAGGCAAGGAACAGAAGCAUCCAGGAACCAGAAUGGGGUCUGAACGAGGAUCGGGAGGGAGUACUUGUUGGUCUUGGAGAGAAGGGCAAAGACAGAACUGAGGACAGUAACGGAGUUGUCAUCUUUAUGGAGCUACGAAGACGAAGCGGACGCACAGUUUCGGAGAAGUUCAUUCUAGGUUCUAAGAGUUCUGCAGCAGCGCCUCUACCUGGCAAGGUAUGCCUGCUUACCGACCACCCGAUGUUUGCAGCACCAACGGAUAGCGGAGAGACUGGAGAAGGAGAGGAGGAGCCCGAGAGUACCUUCAACCUCGGACUAACAGAGAAGCAACGCAAGGACCGGGAGGGUAUUGUGUUGCCCUACUUUGAUGCGCAAACAGAUAUUGGGGCGGGAGAGGGAGGCAGAAUUUUGUAUGAGAUGGGUAGGGAGGAUGACUUUGAUGACGAGGAGGAUGAGAUAUAG